UCCGUUCAUACCAGCUAGACUUGUUGUAUAUAUACAAACCACAAAUUCGGAAGAAAUAAAUAUACUCAUUAAUUAAACAAUCAAUCAAAAGCGAACAAAUUAAAAUAUCUCCGGCGAAAGAAACAGGAAAAUGGCGGCGGAGAGAUACGGAGAAGAAAUAACAGGAAUAAUCCCAUUCCAGGAAAUAGAAUACGCCGCCGCCGCUGAUUUCGGGAUUGUGGAUUUCAUGGAUAACGAUUUGGAUCACCUCAUUCAACUCGUCCAGGUUCAGAAUCAAGUCUUCUAUCUCGACACCGACGACGCCGCCGCCACUUUUGUUAACGGCCACCUUUACCCGACAGAACCUCCGCCUCCGCCGCCGCCGGAAAAUCAUCAAUUGUUCGUUUCUUUCGACGACGCUGCAAAUACGAGCGGCCAAUUUGCUAAUAACACUAUUAAUACAGUGAACAAUCAGUUUCAAAACGACGUCGUUUCAGGGGAAAGGGAUGAUGACGACGAUGAUGAUAACGAUGACGUCAUUUACGGGGAAGAGGAGGAGGAAUCGUCGGAAACCACCACUAAUACGUCGGAGAAGAAGCAGAAGAAGGGCGGUCAUAAGUCCGACCGAACAAAGACGUUGAUUUCGGAGAGACGGCGGCGUGGCAGGAUGAAGGAGAAGCUCUACGCCUUGCGUGCAUUGGUCCCUUAUAUUACAAAGAUGGACAAAGCGUCAAUAGUCGGGGAUGCGGUGUUGUACGUGCAAGACUUACAAAUGCAGGCGAAGAAGCUAAAAUCUGAGAUUGCUGGACUCGAGUCUGAAGUGAAUAAUAAUAAUAACAAUAACAAUACCAAUACCAAUACCAAUAGUAAGUAUCAAGGGAGCUGUGUUCACAAUUCCAACAAAAGCAAUGCUACAACUAAUUCCCAUCCAACAAUCAAGAAGAUUAUUAAGAUGGACGUAUUUCAAGUGGAGGAACGAGGUUUUUACGUGCGAAUAGUGUUGAAGAAAGGCAAAGGUGUUGCUGUGUUGAUAUACAAGGCCAUUGAAUCCAUUACCACCUUCAAUGUUCAAACCUCCAAUUUGGCUGCUGAUUCCGACAAUUAUAUCUUCACUUUCACUUUGAAUAUUCGAGAAGGAGGUGAUGAGGUGGACAUGAACUUGGCAUGUUUGAAGCUGUGGGUUGCCAGCCUUUUUCUAAAUCAAGGAUUUGAAUUUGAAACAUUGACUUAGCCAAUGGCUAAUUUUGACUUUAGUUCAAGCUUCUUGUCUUUAGUGUAUUUAGAGUUCUUUUUUUC